GCGUCACAGACCCAGAACCUUGCACCGAAUGGUUGUACUUUAUCCAUCCAAUGUUGUACCGGUACUGCGUGUGUGCGUCAACAGCAGGAUAGAUAAAAACUGGGAUGUUUUGGUCGGAGAUUCUUCUCCUCUCUCUCUCUCUCACUAUUUUCUUUCUGCCCUUAACGACCGUUUGCUGAUACCGCCAAGCAAUUCCAUUCUCUCACAAAAACACAUAAACGCAGCGACGAAUGUAUACAUACAGGCGUUGUAUGCAUAUAUAUAUAUACGCGUUUGUUUGUUAUUAAUCGAAUUAGUAAUUCCCCCGUUGAUAUUCAACGCGUUUAUUGAUUUUCUGCAGGAAAAGUAGCGUUUCUAUGGGUUGCCCGAUUGCUGCAGCCGCAGUUUCUCUUCAUAUCUAGUGAAUCUCAGUCAACUGGGUAAUAUGUUUGCUGAGACAUCAUCUGGUGAAAAUGCUGGUGAAAUCAAGGAAGAGUCGUUUGUGGUUGAUCCUGAUUUUGACAUUGGAAAAAUGUCUGUUUCCCCAGUACCUUAUGAAUCCCUUUGUCUGGAACCUGUUGAAUCAUCGUCAAAAAUGGUGUUGUCAGAUGUUUUAGAUGCUGAUGUUCUUCUUUCAGCUUUUGAUUCCUUCAGCUUUGCAGAUCUUCCCCAGCAGAGGAAUGAGAUAGCAAAAAACAGCAUUGAAACUGAUGCUGUUGGUUCCAUUUGUGAUGCUGAUCCACCUGGACAGAUAGCUGAAGAGGGAAAAGAUACUUGUAAAUUUGAUUCUUCUGACUGUGAUGGUAUUACUGAACCAUCUUCACAUGAAAAUUGUGGCACUGGGGUUGUGGAUGAAAUUGACAAAGCCCAGGAACCACAUCAUCCUCUAAUUGUGUAUACAUCUUCACGGAGGAAGAGUGUUCGCAAUACAAUUACUAAAUUGAAUCAAAACAAUGAGUCCCGAAAACCAUCAAGAAAUUGUAGGAGGAUAACAAAAAAAAACUCAGCGUUAGAUUUAAAUUCCUUGCAGAUUUCAAGAAGAAAAAGAAGUUUAUUCUCCAAGCCGGCUCGAUCUUCUGUUUGGGGAUAUCUGGGAAGUAUCUUACCAGCUUUUGAAGAACACAAUGGGCUUGACCUGAAUUUAGAUAAGAAAAAACUGAAAGGAGCAAGAGGUGGUCAAGGAAAGAGGAAUGCUAUCAGGGACCAGACAGGUCGAAAAUCGGUCCGGAAAAGCUGCACUCCAACUGGUCACAUAUCUUUGAAGAUUAAAAUUGGCAAUCAGAGCUGUGGGAUGGUUAACUUUAAUGCACCUGGGAACAGCAAUCAUGGUUUACCUGACACUUUGGAAAGCAAGUUUGGGGAAGAAGUGCCUGGAGGUAUGGUAUUGCCACAUGAAAGAAACUUGGAGAAGAUGGCAUCUUCUGAUACUUCCAUUUUGGGAUCACAUAUUGAUGUCAACGGCAUUGUUGAAAAUUCAUCUACUUCAGGUGAUGUCCAUCAAAUUAGCAGCCAGGAGGAGGGAGAUAAUUUGGGACCUUCCACUGAAAACAGGUGUUCAGAUCCAGGAACUUCACCUGAUUCAGAAGUUAUAAACUCUGUUUCUGAUGCUCCACUUUUUGAAAAAGGCUUACAAAAUAUGCAAGAUAGUCUAAUUAUGCCUAUGGAAAUGAGAAACGAGGAAUGCUUCACAAGCACUGUUCCUGAUGUUUCUUUUGGGAAUGUUUCAAGUUUGAGUUUCCCAAGGAUGAAAUCUAAGAAAGGAAAGAAGAAAGAUAAGCACGAUCAAUUAGGUGAUUGCAGCCUGGAAAGCCAGCAAACUGGUGUAGAAACCAGAAGAAAUGCUAAAGCACCCGCAGAACUCGGAUCAGGACAGGAAGUGGUUGGUGUCUCUUAUUGUCAUGAUGCUUCCAUGAGUGCAACUGUAAAACCAAAGGGAGUUUCCAACGAUACUUUAUGCUGUUCAAGCAUGGCUGAUCCUGGAACUCCUUUUAUUACAGCAAAAGGAUGUGCUGGUGCUGAAAUGAAUCCUUCUCCAGGGCUUGUUGCUGCAAUUGAGUCAGACUCACAGGCUGGUGAUAAAUUGAUUCCUUUCAAGAAUAGGCAAAAAUUCCCUAAAUCUUCUAAAGCAAUGGGACGGCAUGCUGGCCGGUGUGGUGUCUUGGAUUUACCCAGGAAGAAAGACAAAACCUUCAGAAAGAAGGGGGAUAAAAAUAAUUUAGUAGGUGAGCAUCAAAUUGCUGAGAAGGGUGGUGGUAGUGGCGCCCUUGGUGGAGCUGAAAGUCAUCUGACAGAAGGAAAUGAAGCAUCAUAUGAUCUUGGAGAAACUGGAGACCUGAGCAAGGAUUUAAGUGGACCAGCAAUCAGCUUCGAAUUUCCAUCUGGUGGGCAGAGGGAUCAAUAUGUUCCACCAAGGAAUGCAUGGGUGCUUUGUGACGACUGCCAAAAAUGGCGGAGGAUACCAGCUACACUUGCAGAUCAAAUUGAAGAAACAAACUGUGGAUGGACUUGCAAAGAUAACAUGGAUAAAGACUUUGCUGACUGUUCUAUUCCUCAAGAGAAGUCAAAUUCAGAAAUCAAUGAAGAGCUGGAAAUAUCUGAUGCUUCUUGUGAGGAAGAUGCCUGUGAUGCCUUGCUGAAGUCUAGUCCAGACCAAUCAAAGGUUGCUCAACAGUCAUCUUGGUCACUUAUUAAGUCAAACUUGUUUCUGCAUCGAAGCCGCAAAAAUCAGACCAUUGAUGAGGUGAUGGUGUGCCAUUGCAAACCACCAGCAGAUGGUAGAAUGGGCUGUGGAGCUAAAUGUUUGAACAGAAUGCUCAACAUUGAGUGUGUUCAAGGAACUUGCCCAUGUGGUGAAUUUUGUUCAAAUCAACAAUUCCAAAAACGCAAAUAUGCUAAAUUGAAGUGGUUUAGAUGUGGAAAGAAGGGUUUUGGCCUUCAAGCUCUUGACAAUAUCUCUGAAGGACAGUUCCUCAUCGAAUAUGUUGGAGAGGUACUUGAUAUGCAUGCUUAUCAAAAGAGGCAGAGAGAGUAUGCUUUGCAGGGGCAUAGACAUUUUUACUUCAUGACACUGAAUGGGAGUGAGGUAAUUGAUGCAUCUGCCAAAGGCAAUUUGGGUCGGUUUAUAAACCAUAGUUGCGAUCCUAACUGCCGCACAGAAAAGUGGAUGGUGAAUGGAGAAGUCUGUGUUGGACUUUUUGCUCUUAGGGAUAUUAAGAAGGGUGAAGAAGUUACAUUUGAUUACAAUUAUGUACGCGUGUUUGGUGCUGCCGCGAAAAAAUGUGUAUGUGGCUCACCUAAUUGUCGGGGCUAUAUAGGCGGUGAUCCAACAAAUUCAGAAGUAAUUGUGCAGGAUGAUUCAGAUGAUGAAUACGCAGAACCUGUUAUGAUCUGUGAAGAUAGAGAGAUGAAUGGCGAUUGGAAUGACAUAAUGUCAAUUUCUUUGCACGAUGGAGAAAAUGGAAGUCCAAAUGAACCGCCUCAAAGCAUACAUGGAAUAAAGAAACUGGUUAAUGCUGCCAGUCAAUUUGAGAGCACCACUUCAGAAACUUUAAUUCAAAAAGCAGGUGUUAAUUCAGCAUCCACUGAUGGACGCUUUAAGACUUCAACUGCUACAGCGGUCGAGGACAUGAUGGUUCAAGAUAUAUAUGAUCCUGACAUUUCUGUUGGUAAUAGUGCUACUUCUAAUGCUGCUUUUAGACCUUUGGAUGCUAACAGAGAUGCUGGAGAGUGCUUGAAUACCUCUGCAUCAGCUCCUUGUAAGGUUGAAUCUCAAGGCGCCCUUCCCGUAAUGGAUUGUCCUGUCCAACUCAUUGAUGUUUCUUUCCAGUCAGAAGGUUCAACGAACAAAGCAAUGCCUUCGGCUUUUCGCUCUGCUCAUGGAUCAGACAUUACCACUACUGUAGCACCUAGUAAAUCGCAGCCUGAUACAGUGGAAUCUAAGAGAAAACUUAAAUCUGGUACACUGGGGGGAAAGGAGGAAAUAGCAAAGUCUGAUUCUAUUGCUAAGGCUCGUCAUUCAUCAUCUUCAAUUAAGAAGGGGAAACUUAAAUCAAUUGUGAAUAGCAAAGGAACUCAGGAUAUGGAUAAGUCAAAUGCAGCAUCCGCUAAACCUAAAAAGUUACCUGACCUAUCCUUAAACAGUCAAGUUGAAGCAGUUGAGGACAAACUGAAUGAGUUGCUUGAUACUGAAGGGGGAAUAAGCAAGCGAAAAGAUGCUUCCAGAGGUUACUUGAAGCUUCUGUUUCUAACAGCUGCAUCCGGGGCUAAUGGCCAUGGUGAAGCUAUUCAGAGUAAUCGAGAUCUUUCGAUGAUCUUGGAUGCACUCUUGAAGACAAAAUCUCGGACUGUUCUGGUUGACAUAAUCAACAAGAAUGGUUUGCAGAUGUUGCACAACAUAAUGAAGCGGUACAGAAAGGAGUUUAUUAAAACUCCAAUUCUGCGCAAGCUUCUUAAGGUACUUGAGUAUCUGGCUAUGAGAGAGAUUCUUACUUUGGAGCACAUAACUGGAGGUCCACCUUGUCCAGGAGUGGAGAGCUUUAAAGAUUCGAUAUUGACGCUGACGGAACAUGUUGACAAACAGGUCCAUCAAAUUGCCCGAAACUUCAGGGAUAGGUGGAUUCCAAGGUCUCACAGGAAAAGUUGCUUUGCGGAAACAGAUGAUUGGAAGACAGAAUUUCAUCAGCGUUUAAGCCAUGGUAGGUCAUCUUUGUCAUACGAUCAUUGGAAUGACCGAGCUGGAAAACCAGCAGAAGCAACAGAAUGUUUUAACACACAGAAAAUUGCACCGGGUACUGCUGAAGCUUCCACCUUAGACCACUUGUUUGCUUCAGGCUCUAGUUCUGGAACCAAUGGUACAAGAACGCGCAAGCGCAAGAGUCGAUGGGAUAACCCGGCGGAGGAGCACCUGCAUCCCAAAAUUAUGUCCAAUUUGUUGGGUGAUGGAAAGCCAAACAAUGACGAGGAUAUCCCUCCGGGGUUUUCACCUCCCUGUAUCGACUCCAUGGUUCCAGCUAAUGUAUCUUCAGCUGCUCCUACUCACCAAGAGAGAGAUACUAGCAUAAACCAUCCUUUCGAUGUAGUAUUGGGAGAUUCACAGCAAAGAUUCAUUGCGCGGAUGCCUGUCUCCUAUGGUGUUCCCUCUUCUGUCAUGCAGCAAUUUGGCGUCCGUCAAGCAGAAACUGCCGAGGUUUGGACUGUAGCUCCAGGUUUGCCAUUCCACCCAUUUCCUCCAUUGCCUCCCUAUGCCCGUAACACUGGAGACCCACCAACUGUGGCUGCUAAAUGUGCAUCAUUGAGUGAACCUGCAGAAAAGUCGGAACAAGUUACCUGUAAUAGUGUUACUCAUCAUUCUGGCCAAAAACAUAUGACCACACAUAGUGUGGAUCCACCAGAAAUUAACAUUUCAUUUGCAAAUGACCGGCCAGAAUUUCAGCGAGAAGGGGGUUCUAGCUUGGGAAGAAAAUAUUUUAGACAGCAAAAGUGGAAUCCAUCUAAAUUAGUGCCUCCAUGGGUGCGGAUGAGAAACAGUUGGGGAUACGGGGGGAACACAAGAAAUGGUGUGCCUGGUGUAUGUUCAGGAAAUGGAGCAAAUCAGUUUAGGAAUUCAUACAACUCGGAGGAGUUUAACUGGAGAGGAGAAUUUUAAACAUGCAAUUCCAUUCGUUAUGAAAGUUAGCAUCAAUUUUAUAGGAGAUUUUUAAAGGAGUUGUCAAGAAUUGUCUGAUGCUCCUGUUUAAUGUACUACAAUUCUUUACUGCACAGUUAUACAAAAUAUUGAAAUAUUCUUUUACUUCUUCACUUA